UGAUUUUUUUCCUCAGAGAAGGUCAGCCUGGGGUUGCUAUGGAGACAGGACGCCGCAACCUGUAUAGCCUGUAGAACCCAGAAAUUGAUUGCUUAGGAGAUCUCAGCAAAACUCCGUAUUGCUCCUUUCCUUCCUUCCAUAUCUUCACUCUCCCUUCAGCCAGAAUCUUUAUUUUUAUUUUUGACUCCUAUGGAAAACUCUCCUUCUCUGAAGCAAGAAAAAGAAAACCAAGAGCCAGAGAAAGCAGAGCAGCCAUGGGAAGGAGCGUCAGCAGCUUCUCCCCAGGAUCCUGGUCCCUCGUCACCUGAGUACCGGGAAGAGGAGCAAAGGUCAGACACUGAACCCCAAUACAGAAUGAGCCCCUCUUGGGGCCGCCAGUCUAGAGCCAGCCCGUCUCUGGAAGACCUCACCGGACCAGGAUUGCGGUCCUCCCCUCCUCUGCUUCCUCCGGAGUCUCAUUCCGUUCCUUUCCUGACCGCACCUACACAGGACCCUGUAACUUCAUCACAGGCAGGGAGGGUCCUGAGUGGGAUUCUUGACGACGCUGCGACACCUCAUUCUAAUCCUUGGGAACCAUAUUCUGUUGCAAGACAAUUAACUUCUCACUACACGAGCCAAGCAGAGGGAAGCACCUUCCCACGGUCUCCGCCACCCCAGCCUGACCUGUGUGGGCCAGGGGAUGCCAGCCCUAACAAGUCCAAGCCCAGCGGGCUGAGAUAUGACCUUCUACAGGAGGAAGAUUCAAACAGUAACUGUGACCCAGACCAGACCGAGUUUAGGGCCGAUGAAGCAGCCCCCAGUAUGCUUGAGGUGGCCAUUCAGAAUGCAAAGGCUUACCUACUGAGUACCAGCAGCAAGUCUGGUUUAAACCUAUAUGAUCAUCUUUCUAAUGUGUUGACCAUGAUACUAGAUGAGCGUCCUGCAGAUGCUGUUGACAUCAUUGAAAAUAUAAGCAAAGAUGUAAAAGUGGCCCAUUUUAAUAAAAAAUUAGAUACACUCCACAAUGAAAAUGAGAUGCUUCCAGCAUAUGAAAUAGCAGAGAAGCAGAAGGCUCUUUUUCUUCAGGGACAGUUGGAAGGAAUUGAUCCAGAACUGGAGGAGGAAAUCGCAGAAAACUCUCUGCCCAAUGUGAUGGAGUCAGCUUAUUAUUUUGAACAAGCUGGAGUUGGCUUGGGGACAGAUGAGACUUAUCGGGUGUUUCUUGCCCUCAAGCAACUCACUGACACACACCCAAUCCAAAGAUGCCGCUUCUGGGGCAAGAUCUUGGGUCUGGAAAUGAAUUACAUUGUCGCUGAAGUGGAAUUCCGCGAUGGUGAAGAUGAAGAAGAGGUGGAAGAGGAAGGCGUAGCUGAGGAGAGGGAUGAUGGAGAAAGUGAAGCCGGGGAAGGUGAGGAGGAUGAAUUACCAAAGCCCUUGUAUAAGGCCCCACAGGCUGUCCCUAAGGAAGACAGUAGAACAGGUACAAACAAGUACGUCUAUUUUGUUUGCAAUGAGCCUGGAAGCCCGUGGGUGAAGUUACCAUCAGUUACGCCUGCACAAAUUGUUACUGCAAGAAAAAUCAAGAAAUUUUUCACUGGGCGACUAGAUGCGGCCAUCAUAAGCUACCCACCCUUCCCAGGAAAUGAAAGCAAUUACUUAAGAGCCCAAAUUGCCCGCAUUUCAGCAGCGACCCAUGUCAGCCCUCUAGGAUUCUAUCAGUUUGGUGAAGAGGAAGGAGAAGAAGAAGAGGUGGAAGGUGGUCGAGAUAGCUAUGAGGAAAACCCCGAUUUUGAGGGCAUCCAAGUGGUUGACCUGGUGGAAUCUCUAUCCAAUUGGGUUCAUCAUGUGCAGUACAUUCUUCCUCAGGGUCGCUGUACUUGGUUCAAUUCUAUACAAAAAAACGAGGAAGAGGAAGAGGAAGAAGAUGAAGAAAAAGGAGAGGAGCCUGACUACAUAGAACAGGAAGUGGGGCCUCCUCUUUUGACACCAAUCUCUGAAGAUUUAGAUAUUCAAAAUAUACCCUCUUGGACAUCACGGCUGUCCUCGAAUCUCAUUCCGCAGUAUGCAAUUGCUGUCCUUCGAUCCAAUCUUUGGCCUGGAGCAUAUGCCUUUUCCAAUGGCAAGAAGUUUGAAAACUUCUACAUCGGCUGGGGUCAUAAAUAUAGUGUGGAGGGUUACACGCCCCCAGGCCUACCACCAGUCUAUCAAGAGUAUCCCAGUGGACCAGAAAUUACAGAAAUGGAUGAUCCCAGUGUGGAUGAGGAACAGGCUUUCAGGACUACACAAGAGGCCGUGGUCCAUUCAGCUGAGGAGAGUGAAGGAACUGAGGAUGAAGAUGAGGAUGAUGAGGAUGAUGAUGACUAGCAUAAAAUCAACUCAGUCUUAUGUGGCACUCACUCACACACACACACACACACACACACACACACACACACACACACACACACACACGCAGGAAUCUUCUAUGGGGAACUGAUUUUAUAUAUACAUACAUAUAUAUUGGAAAUACAGAUAUGUUGGAGGUGAUGGUACAAAGUAUCAUCCCUUUAAAGUUAUCAAAUGGGGGAGGGGAUGUGGAGACAUGGCUCAGUGGUUAAGAAAAGUUUUGCCCUUGCUGAGGACAGUUCAGUCUCCAGCACCUAAGUCAGGUAGCUCCAGGAAUUCCUACGUCUUCUUCUGUCCUCCAUGGGUACUACUGCACAUGUGCAUGUGUGCUUGAACACAUCAAAAUCAAUUUUUUUUUUUUUUUGGUUUUUUGAGACAGGGUUUCUCUGUGUAGCUUUUGCGUCUUUCCUGAAACUCACUCUGUAGCCCAGGCUGGCCUAGAACUCACAGAGAUCCACCUGCCCCUGCUUCCUAACUUCUGGGAUUACAGGCGUAUGCCACCACCGCCCGGCUUUCAAAAUCAAUCUUUAAAAAAUAUUUUAAAAGCAAGAUGUGGUGAGACACACCUUUAAUCCCAGCACUUGGGAGGCAGAGCCAAAAUCUCUUUUAGUCCAAGGCCAGCAUGAUCUACGUGAGUUCUAGGACAGCCAGGGCUACAUAGGGAGACCAAGUCUUGAAAAUAACAAAAAUUAAAAAAAUAAUAACAUAUGAAAUUGGAGACUUCAUAUAUAGAACUGUCAGCAUUUACAGAAAGUUGCCCAGUGGAUUUUCCAGAAGCUCAAGUGAUCAUAUCACUGUUAUAAUAGCUAUAAUCAAAGUAAUUAACACUUAAGUAGUCUUGAUUUGAAAAGAUCUCAUUUUUUUUUCUUUUUUUUUUUUUUUUUUACUCUCCUGGACAGGCUUUCCCUAUAUAGCUCUGGCUGUCCUGGAACUCACUUUGUAAACUAGGCUGUCCUCAAACUCACAGAGAUCCACCUGCCUCUGCCUCCCCAGUGCUGAAAUUAAAGGUGUGAACCACAGUGUUGUUUUAUUUUACUCUUUUGGAGGGCCCACCACCCAGCUCCCAAAUAAAUCACACACAGAGGCUUAUUCUUAAUCAUGAAUGCCUGGUCUUAGCUUGGCUUGUUUCUUGUCAGCUUUUCUUAACUUUAAAUUAUCCCUUCUACCUUUUGCCUCUGGGCUUUUUACCUUUCUCUAUUUCUGUAUACCUUUCAUUAUUUCUUACUCUGUUGCUGGAUGUGUAGCUGGGUGGCUGGCCCCUGGAGUCUUCCUCCUUCUGAGGCUUUCUUCUUUUCUCCCAGAUUUCUCCCUCUAUAUAUUCUCUCUGCCUGCCAGCCCCAUCUAUCCUUUCUCCUGCCUUGCUAUUGGCUGUUCAGUUCUUUAUUAGAUCAUCAGAUGUUUUAGACAGGCAAAGUAUCACAGCUUCACAGAGUUAAACAAAUGCAACAUAAACAAAAAUAAUACACCUUAAGAUAAUAUUCUACAACAAUACUCAAAUUUAAUUUCUAAUAUGGCAAACACUGAAAGAUACAAUUCACAAUGCUUCUUGGAAAUGCCUAGAUUUUGAAUGUCAAUGGAUAUGGAAUUAAAACAUUGAUAACCAGGGGCUGGUGAGAUGACUCAGUGGUUAAGAGCACUUGUUGCUGUGCAGAGGACCUGGGUUCAGUUCCCAGCAUCCUCAUGGUAGCUUAAAACCAUCAGUUCUAGGGGAUCCAAUGCCUUCUUCUGGCCUCUUUGGGUAACACACACACACACACACACACACACACACACACACACACACACACACACAAACUAUAGACAGGCAAAAUAAUCAUGCACAUAAAAGAAAUCCAAAAAACAAAUCUCUAACCAUUAACCUAAAGCAAGUAUUUAGCCUCUGCCAGAACUGGAGUAUAUAUUCUUAAAUCUGUAGCUACUUAUGUUGGAGCCAAUGGUACUGUGUGCAAAUAUUGUGCAUGUGCAUCUAUCCUCUUUUUGGGUGAGUAUUAUUCACAAUUCCAGAAAUAGAGUAAAAGCUGUACAGUAUUCAAAUUUUAGAGCUUUUGUUUUCCUCAACUUCCCCAUCAAACUUCUUGUUCAUCAUAAACUAGUUGGUGGGAAAAAAAUUUACAGAGAUGGGAGGUAAUGAUAUCCAGACACUUUAGACUUACAUGCUCCCACUCUAAAACAUUUUCAUUCAUUAAAAAGGAGCUUGAAACUUUA